UUUCCCUCUCUCUCUAACCUAUAUACUCUCUCACUUCCAUAUUUUCACUCCUUUUCUCACCGCAGUGCUCUGCUCUGCCCCUUCUUUCUUCUCUUCGCUUCAAUUUUAAUUUAUAUUUUUAUUUUCCUAUCUUUUUCGUAUCUAUUACCGUUUCUUCCAUUCCCUUCCCUCUCCUCGUUUUCCUCUUUUUUUUCAUAUCAAAAAUUCAAAAAAACUAUACAAUUUUCUGCGAAUAUUGUGUUUCUAUUGUUCAAUUUUAUGAAUCUACUGUUCGCUGAGUCUAGCUAGGUUUUCUGUUCUUCCUAGGGUUUCAUUGUUCGAAAUAACAAGAGGAGGGGGAAGAGAAAAAAAAAGACAAAAAAAAAAUUCAGAAAGGGGGAAAAUUAGGGAUACAGUUUUGCAAAAAAAAAAAAAAACAAAAACAAAAUUUGAUCAAAUUUUUUUGUUGAGAAAUUGAGAUGGCUCAGGUUCAGGUUCCGCCUCAGAAUGCGAUGCAAGGUCCCAACGGUGGGGCUGCUGCUGCGGCCGCAGCGGCGGCGGCUGCUGGUGCCGGUGGAAACCAAUUCGUGACGACGUCGCUUUAUGUCGGGGAUCUCGAUCCGAAUGUCACAGAUUCGCAACUGUAUGACUUGUUCAACCAAGUGGGUCAGGUUGUUUCUGUUAGGGUUUGCAGGGACUUGACCUCUAGGAGGUCACUCGGUUAUGGUUAUGUCAACUAUAGCAACCCGCAAGAUGCUGCCAGAGCAUUGGAUGUUCUGAACUUCACUCCUCUCAUCAACAGGCCCAUUCGUAUUAUGUAUUCACACCGCGAUCCCAGUAUCCGCAAAAGUGGUCAAGGAAACAUAUUUAUUAAGAAUUUGGACAAGGCAAUUGACCAUAAGGCGUUACAUGAUACCUUUUCUACAUUUGGAAAUAUCCUUUCUUGCAAGGUAGCUGUGGAUGGAUCUGGCCAAUCUAAAGGCUAUGGAUUUGUACAAUUCGAUAAUGAGGAGGCCGCUCAAAAAGCUAUUGAAAAGCUUAAUGGUAUGCUGUUGAAUGAUAAGCAAGUUUAUGUGGGACCCUUUCUUCGCAAGCAAGAGAGAGACAGUACAACUGACAAGGUGAAAUUCAACAAUGUUUUUGUGAAAAAUCUGUCAGAAUCAACCACUGAUGAUGAGUUGAAGAAGAUUUUUGGUGAAUUUGGGACAAUUACCAGUGCUGUAGUAAUGAGGGAGGGGGAUGGGAAAUCAAAGUGCUUUGGUUUUGUAAACUUUGAGAGUACUGAUGAUGCUGCUAGGGCUGUUGAGGCUCUUAAUGGGAAAAAAAUUGAUGAUAAGGAAUGGUAUGUGGGAAAAGCUCAAAAGAAAUCUGAAAGGGAGCAUGAACUGAAACUUAAAUUUGAGCAGAGCAUGAAAGAAGCUGCAGAUAAAUAUCAAGGGGCAAACUUGUAUGUCAAAAAUUUGGACGAUAGCAUUAGUGAUGAAAAACUGAAGGAGCUGUUCUCCACUUUUGGUGCCAUUACCUCUUGCAAGGUAAUGAGAGACCCCAAUGGCAUAAGUCGAGGAUCUGGGUUUGUUGCAUUCUCUACUCCUGAGGAGGCAUCUAGAGCACUCAUGGAUAUGAAUGGCAAAAUGGUGGUAAGCAAACCUCUGUAUGUGACUCUGGCCCAGCGGAAAGAAGAUAGGAGAGCUAGGCUGCAGGCUCAAUUUGCUCAAAUGCGUCCUGUCACAAUGCCUCCAUCUGUUGCUCCUCGCAUGCCUAUGUACGCCCCUGGUGGUCCUGGUAUGGGUCAACAAAUAUUUUAUGGUCAAGGUCCUCCUGCCAUCAUUCCUUCCCAGCCUGGAUUUGGGUAUCAGCAACAACUUGUUCCUGGAAUGAGGCCUGGAGGGGCUCCUGGGCCAAAUUUCUUUGUGCCAAUGGUUCCACAGGGACAACAGGGGCAGCGUCCUGGCGGAAGACGUGGAGGUGCAGGCCAGCAGUCCCAGCAGUCACUUCCGCUUAUGCCACAGCAGAUGCUCCCUAGGGGGCGUGUGUAUCGUUAUCCUCCUGGUAGGGGCAUGCCUGAUGGUCCUAUGCCUGGAGUAGCUGGAGGCAUGUUUUCUGUUCCGUAUGAUGUGGGUGGGAUUCCCCUUCGUGAUGCAUCUCUUCCCCAACAAAUUCCUAUUGGUGCUUUGGCUUCGCAUCUGGCUAAUGCUUCUCCAGAGCAGCAGAGGACGAUGCUCGGUGAGAAUCUUUACCCCCUAGUGGAGCAAUUGGAGCCCGACAAUGCCGCCAAAGUUACUGGCAUGCUUCUGGAGAUGGACCAGACUGAAGUUCUGCACUUGCUUGAGUCCCCGGAGGCCCUGAAAGCGAAGGUGGCAGAAGCAAUGGACGUCCUUAGGAAUGUUGCACAACAGCAGGCUGGCGGUGCUGCUGAUCAGCUGUCUUCAUUAUCACUUAAUGAAAGCCUUGUUUCUUAAGAUAUUUAUUAUACUCGGAUUUACUUCCUUGGUGAUUGACUAUUUAUCUUUUCGGCACUGGUUUUUAUCCACUCUUCAGAUUGAGCCUGUUUUAUUAGACUAGGUACUUUUGGUUUUUCGAUCUCCUUCCUUGGGUUGAAGGCCUGCUUGGAUGCUGAUAUUUAUUAUGUGACUUGGAUUUGGUACUUUAAAUCAUUUGUUUGUGUGUCUGAUUGCUA